AGGGAGAGGAGGCCGGAGCUGUCAGCGCGGGGGAGGGGGCUCCGGCUGCCGCAUCGCCCGCUUCCCCGAGCCCCGGCGGCCCCAUGCGGCGAGAGAAGCAGCAGCAGCAGCAAGCCAGGCGUCCUUCCCGGAGGAGGCGAGCUCGGCGCCGAGGAAAAAGCGACAGGGCCCGGUGGGAGUCCGGCCGCGGACACCUCCCCUGUCCCUCCCGAGCCUCGGCCCUCCAGCUAUGGCUGAUGAGAGGCAAGUGACCGGACCCUGAAGGAUGGCCGAGCCCCAGGGGAACGAGCUGGCCACCGCGGCGGCCAGGGGAGACUUGGAGCGGCUCACUCAUCUGUUGCAAACCAAUGUCAACGUCAAUGCCCAGAAUGGAUUCGGCAGGACGGCGCUGCAGGUGAUGCGUCUGGGCAACCCGGCGAUCGCCCGCCUGCUGCUGCUGGGCGGCGCGGACCCGGACCUGAAGGACGGGACGGGCUUCGCGGCCCUGCACGACGCGGCCCGGGCGGGCUACCUGGACACCCUGCAGACGCUGCUGGAGUUCCGCGCCGAUGUCAACGUGGAGGACCGCGACGGCAACCUGCCCCUGCACCUGGCCGCCCGCGAGGGACACCUGCCCGUCGUCCGCUUCCUGCUCGACCACACGGCCAGCAAGGUGGGCCACCGCAACCGCCACGGCGACACCGCCUGCGACCUGGCCCGCCUCUACCGCCGCAGCGAUGUGGUCACGUUCAUGGAAGCCACCGCCAAGCCCGGACAGUGACCAGGGACUGACCGCCCGCCCCCCUCUGCCUCUCCCUCUGCCCCCCGGGACGGGACCCCCGGCCGGCCAGCGGCGGGGGCUAGCCACCCCGGACCCCCGGCCGGCCACGGCCAUCGCCACCCGGAGAGCUCCUCACGCCCAAAGCAUCUCCUCCCCACCUCUCCACCUCUGCUUCACUCUCGACAGUCGCGGAUUCCGGCCCUGCAGCGUUGGAGUUGUUCUGUUUGUUUGCCUGUCGGCCGUGUGAAUAUGUUCAAGUGAUAAUUCUUUUAGACUGUGAGCCCACUGUUGGGUAGGGACCGUCUCUAUAUGUUGCCAACUUGUACUUCCCAAGCGCUUAGUACAGUGCUCUGCACACAGUAAGCGCUCAACAAAUACGAUUGAUUGAUCGAUUGACACCAAAUUCACCAGCAAAAACCCUCAGAGGCGUAAUGUGGCCGCUCAAAUCGCUCAGGGUUUCACUUUGAGUGUGGGCCUUAGAAUUUUCGCCCAUCUCCACCUCUCCCGGGCGAGUGUCUUUUUUAAAUGCGUGAGUGCCCACCGCCCUCCUUCGGGUGAGGCCUGAUUAAAAAUCCUUUUUCAAUGGCGAAUAAAAAAGGUUUGUGAUGUGAGCCCCCCGCCCCCGUGCCAUCCUACGACCCGCAGCUGGCUACCUGACCAAGUGUUCGAUGUGAUCAGUCUGGAUAUCUCUCUCAAUUGAAUUUUUGGGGUUUUUGUUUUUUGACUUGAGAGUCUUUUCUUCAAUAUGUUCUUUUCUUUCUUCCCACUUCCGCCGCUGACAUGAUCUCUAACACGUUUAACCGGGGUGGCCUCUGCGAGAACGUUGAAAAAAGGCCUCGUAUCUCUUCCCCAAAAUUAGAACCAUUGCGGAGGGUGUUGUGUUUGUGAGAGAAAGAGAGAGAGAGAGAGAGUGUAUACCAGCAAUCUGCUUUUUCUCUUUUUCUUCCUAGGCAGUUUCUGUAGUUCAAGGACGACUCGAUAAAUCCAUCGCUUAGAAACCGUCUAUUUUAGCUGGAAAGGCCAUUUUAAGCCACUACCUAGGCAAGUUCUUUUAAACUGUUAUCCUUGUCUACCGUCUGACUGUUUAAAAAUGAGUUACACUUAGCCAGGCCCUACGAAAAUGAAAUGUACUUUAAAAGAGAUGUUAUUUCCCAAAGGUAGAAGCUGCCGGUUUCUCUUUCCUUUACCAUUAAAAUCCUAAAUUAUCAAGUCUUAAAGCGCUUUACAGAUGUCGUUUGCUUGAAACAAGUUUAGCAAUAAACAUCCCUGUCGCAAAUUA